CACAACUGCGCUGUCCCUUGCAGAUGGCCGAGGCCGGCUUCAUCCACUGCCCCACUGAGAACGAGCCCGACUUGGCCCAGUGUUUCUUCUGCUUCAAGGAGCUGGAGGGCUGGGAGCCGGAUGACGACCCCAUAGAGGAACAUAAAAAGCAUUCGUCUGGUUGUGCUUUCCUUUCUGUCAAGAAGCAGUUUGAAGAAUUAACCCUCAGUGAAUUUUUGAAACUGGACAGAGAAAGAGCCAAGAACAAGAUUGCAAAGGAAACCAGCAACAAGAAGAAAGAAUUUGAAGAAACUGCCAAGAAAGUGCGCUGCGCCAUUGAGCAGCUCGCUGCCCUGGAGUGAGGCCUGCGACCUCCUCGCCUGGUCCUGGGGGCUCCUCGUUUCCAAGGCCUGUUCCCAGUGUCUCCAGCCUUUCUCUGGGACACCCCCGCCCCCCAGCAAUGCCUUAGGAAAGGAGAACAUCAGAACUUUGAAUUUAGAUAUUUCGACUAUAUUUUUGUUUUCUUUUAAAGUGGCACCAGAGGCUGCUGCUGCCAGUGCAGCUGCUGCCGCCAAUUACAGUACCUGAUCCUCUUUCUUUC